AGGGUUGAUAGGUCAGUAGGCGGGACUGUCUGUUAGAAAGUAAGAGUGAGGACUGGAGCGGCAGACACCAGCCAGCCACCAUGACGACCAGUCGGCUGCCUCUCCUCAUCUUCUGCCUCGCCUUUGGUGUGGGCGCAGGCCAGGACUUCGAGUGCCCAUCACCAGACGGACAGUUCGCUACUGACCAAAGCUGCAGAAUUUUCUACCAGUGCGUGGGUAACUUUGCCUUUAGGCGACAAUGUCCGGAAGGUUCCCUCUAUGAUGGCAGUAAGCAUAAUUGUGAGAGCGUACAUGACCCUACCGUCAAGUGUGGCCCACAGCCAAUUGUUGAGACCACGCCCGCGCCCCCCGACCCUUUCAAGGCCUCCCCAUGUGACCCCAUCGAAUGCCUCCUGCCGUAUUGCCACUGUUCCUUCGAAGGCAAGGAAAUUCCAGGCCGACUCAAACCAGAAACGACGCCCCAGAUGAUCAUGAUGACGUUCGACGGCGCCAUCAACGACCUCAAUUUCAACACGUACAGCGAAAUUUUCCUGGACAACCGCACCAAUCCCAACGGUUGCCCCAUCCGCAGCACCUUCUUCGUCGCCCACGAGUACACCAACUACCAGCUGGUUGAAGAUUUCUACAGCAGGGGACACGAGAUCGCUGUCGGUACCGUCAGUCGUAGGGCGGGGUUGGAAGACGAAGGGGAAGAUACGUGGAUUGGGGAGACAGUCACCAUGAAGGAGAUCCUCCAGAACUUCGCUGGCAUUAGAGCCGUGGAUAUCAAGGGUGUGCGUGGACCCCACCUUAAGCCCGGCAGGGAAGCCCAGUAUGAGGUGCUAAGUGCUUACGGUUUUACCUGGGAUUCUACCAUCAAUAAUCCACCUUCAACUGAGGCGGUGUGGCCAUACUCCCUCGAAUAUGCCAUCCCGCAUGAGUGCCGCGCCGGAACCUGCCCUACCAGGUCCUUCCCAGGUAUAUGGGAGAUGCCCAUGAACUCACACUUUAGGGACUUCCAUUAUCAGGGUGGAUUCUGCCCUUACUUGGACCAGUGCGCCCUUAGCUAUCAAAAUGAACCUGAUGUAUUGGAAUGGCUCGUCCAGGACUUCAAUCGCCAUUACCUGGCCAAUAGGGCACCUUACAUGAUGUCUCUCACCACCAACUGGUUCCAGACCCCAGAAUUGAAAAAUGCCAUCCAUGCCUUCAUCGAUUACACCAUGCAAUUUGAAGAUGUGUAUUACACCACUGUAACGGAGGCAUUGCAAUGGGUCACGACACCUCAGAAGCUCAACGACAUCCCCCGCUUCCAGCCAUGGGACUGCAAGCAGAAGUUCCUCCCUGACCCACCCUGUCCCAACCCCAAAAGUUGCAAGCUUUCUCUGACACCCAAGUUUGACAACAGAACUACGGCACCCCAUGGCUCCAGGUACAUGGUGACGUGCUAUACGUGUCCUACUGUGUACCCAUGGGUGUGGGAUGCUACAGGUUUGGGAUUUGACAAGGACACCUAUCUUCAGUAUUCCAAUGACCAGGCUGACUUGGCAGACCUGGACUCCACCACAGCCUAAUCAUUUGUGAAAUUCUAAACUGUGUGCAUUAUGCCCCAUACAUAUAAUUACAAACUAAAAAUCUGAAUUAUCAAUAUUCCUUUAAUGGUUGAUUAUAAUGAUGAAAUAACAAAUUUUUUUACCUAUACUGUAUAACAAUUUACCAAUGUAACAAUAUUCAGACAAAAGGGUAAAUAAAUCACACCCAAAUCCUUUAUUUAUCUGUGAGGAGAAACUAAAGAAUACAGUCAUGGUUUUGACCCAAAGAAUAUCCAUAAAGUUAAUGAUUUUUUUUGUACAGUACAAUAUGUAGAAAAAUGCAUUGUGCAGAAAUGUUAUCCAUGGUACAGGUAUACCAUAUAAAUGUAUCAAAUACUGUACUGGACAUACACAUAUAAUCAAUGGGGAAAUUAUCAAUACACUGCAGUAGUAUUAAUGAACAGUACCUGUGUAUUUUACUUUAAAUAAAUAAAACUGUUUAAUUUUAAGUAUGCUCUGUGAAUCUGUAUUGAGCAUGAAAAUGGCUUUUACUGUCAUACCAAUAUUGUAUUUCAAAACUGAUGAAAAAAGUUUGAAUUUGAAAUACCCUUUACUGUAUGCUGGUGGGCUGAACCAUCUUGAAGCAGUCACACACUGCACAGUAUAGAGAAAUAUUAUGUUAGUUAGGCCCUAUUGAAUGAUUAAGGAAUUUGGGGAGUCACUUAGUAAUUCACACAUCUCAUUCUGUGUUAACUGAACCAGUGGAACUUACCUAUUAGGUAAGCUUGCUCAUUUUAUCCAAUUUUAAUUUCUAUGUAUGAAAUGACUUGAUAAUUAUUACAAGUAAACCUCCAAUUAUA